AAAUAGCGUAUCAAGAUCACAACUACCGGUUUACGUACGUAGUGCAGGCUGAAAUUGUAUAGCGAGAUAUUUAUAGAAUUUAAAAAAAUAUCUAGACAAUGCGUUUACCUUUGUAUUACGUUUUAGUAACUUGGUUAUACACGUCUUCUCAGCUUAAUCUAGCGUCCACAGGAAUAUCCAACAGCCACCAUGUCAGGUCCAACCAGAAGACUGGGCAAGACAGUGCUAGCUUCUAAAGGUGUUUUUACAACAAUCUCCGGGAACAUCAGCAAACAUUAUGGACAGAAAAAUUAUCGGACAUGGUCAACAACAGAGAAUCCCGAUUACAGAAGGUCAAAUGGGAGGCAGUUUUCUACGUCACUAAAUUUACGGGUUAUAUACACCAGCCCUAUUCCCGACAUAGAAAUCAAGACACAAACACUGCCCGAAUACCUCCUUCCAAAGUUCGAGGCCUUUGGGAACAGACGGGCAAUCGUCGAUAACGAGACAGGUAAAACGUACACUUACCUGGAGAUGAGGGACGCGGUUAUAAAGUUAGGCAGUGCCCUACACAGAUUGGGGUACAGAAAGGGGGAUGUACUCUGUAUGUGUUCCACCAACAAUACCGAGUAUGCCCUUCUCAUACUGGCUUGUGUGACGUCAGGAAUUAUACUUACCACCACGAAUCCGUCCUACACUUCCGCUGAACUUUCCCGACAUUUACAUCAUUCCGGGACUGUUGGUGUGGUUGUAAUCGAGACACUACUUCCAUUAGUCAAAGAAACUAUAGCAGGGGAUAGGGACCUGCAAAACGAAAUUAAGAAUGUAAUCGUAGUCGGACAGGCUUAUGGAUAUCGGUCAUUUUCGUCCCUCCUGGAUGAUGAUGGGAGUCUCUACAAUGAGAACCUGGACAUUGACCCACACAACGACGUGGCUCUAUUGCCUUACUCGAGCGGCACUUCAGGUUUACCAAAGGGCGUCAUGCUUACACACAUGAAUGUCGUUUCAAAUCUACAACAGUUCAGACUUUUAUCGAAAUCCGUUGCUGACGACACAAGUUUAUGCAUACUUCCUUUGUUCCACUGUUACGGUAUGAUUCCCAUUCUGAUGGGUGUUGUCCAGGAGGGAGGCGUCCUUGUAACCAUGCCCCGAUUCGAGCCUGAACCCUUCCUUGCUGCUAUUGAACAGCACAGGGUGACAAUUCUACAGAUGGUUCCACCUAUUGCCUUGUUCCUAGCCAAACAUCCUAUGGUAGAAAAGUACGACCUGACCAGUAUCCGUACUCCCUUCUGUUCUGCUGCACCACUGGCCUCCUCCUUGUAUAACGAGUACUUAAACAGGUUUAAGUCAACACUUGUUCAAGGGUAUGGCAUGACUGAGCUGAGUCCUGUUGCUACUUUAGAUACGAUGGAAUCAAGUCACGAGGGGACGGUCGGUUUUCUGGUGCCGAAUACUAAUGCAAAGAUCGUCUGUGAAGAGACGGGAGCUGAACUUGGACCCGGUAAGAUAGGCGAGGUCUGUAUUCGGGGACCCCAGGUCAUGAAAGGAUAUCACAAAAAUGCAGAGGCUACCAACGAAACGAUCAGAGAUGGCUGGCUUCACACAGGUGAUAUCGGUUAUGUAAACGAUGACGGAUGUUUUGUGAUCACAGAUAGAUUGAAGGAACUUAUUAAGUACAAGGGAUUUCAGGUAGCCCCGGCUGAAUUAGAGGAUCUCCUACUAACACAUCCGGGCAUCAUGGACGCGGGCGUGAUUGGUGUCCCGGAUGAGGAUUCAGGUGAAGUUCCCCGAGCGUAUGUGGUGCCAAAACCGAAUCAACCGCUAACACAGGAGGAUGUGGUCACGUUUGUCGAAGACAAUGUAUCUGGGUACAAGAGACUCCGAGGAGGCGUGGAAAUAAUAGAUGAGAUUCCAAAGUCACCUUCGGGGAAAAUUCUCAGACGCAUUCUUCGGGAAAGUUAUGCCAAAAAAGACUAAUGCAAUUGACUGAUUCCCAAUGGAAAUGGAUGACAAAAUGUUGAUACACAACAUAAAUGGGAUUGAUGUUAAACAACAUGGAUACUCACAAGCAAACAAAUGGAUGCCUCUUAUCAAAUAAAAGAAAUACAUACCAUACAUUAUCAAAGUCACAAAGAACAUUUUACAUAAUCAAUUAUAAAAGAACCUUUUACUGAACAUCAAGUCCGGUUGGGGAGCAUGCUAACUGAAGCAACCUAGUCGAUUAUAUAGUCUAGUGAAUAAUGGGACCGAAACUCCAGACACUUAGAACACACUCUGGUGUAGCGGAUAAAGUGUGACAUUUUAGCUGAUGGAUUACUGUCCAAUUCACUGAUCUGUGUUUUUUGUUAUAUACAGUAACCUCCACUUAAUUUCGUUUUGGAUAUAACUGUAGCACAGAAAGGUCUGAACGCUUCCGUUGAACGCGUAGCUCAGUUGUUUAGAUCAAUAGUAUAGCAACAUAAAGUACUCCCGGUCUAGCUCCACUCAACCUUUAACACUCUUUACCCCUGCGUUUAUUUUUCCUUUCAUUAUAUUUACAGGUAACUGUAGUACUAUAUCCUACCCUCAUAUAUAUAUUCUAGUUGCAUUGCCGCAAGGUCAAUUUCUUGAUGCUAUUUUGUUUAUUUCAUCUUUACUAUAUUUCAUAAAAGUCCCUCAAUGAAUGGUUUAAAUGCGUAGUUACAGUUUUUUGGCAGUGGCACGGGGAUCCUUAGGGAAAUGAGAUGAAUGAAAUUACUUCUCAGCAAAAUGGAAGAUGACGAUCCUGAAAUUAAAGUGUCAAUAGCUAACGACAGUUAGUUAUAGAAACUUUAAAGAAUUGGCAUUAACUGAUAUUAAAUGUAGUACUGUUCGUUACCAAAUCAACAUAUACAUAUAUAUUUUCGGGCUCAUUAAUUUUCGCAAACCAGCCUUCUUAUCUCCAUACCUUCUUAAUACCUUAAAAGACGUUUCACUCAAUAUGCAAAUCUUGUGAUACAUGUUGUAAAUAUGAAUUAUAUAAAGACAAGAACGCCAGUUUAUCUGCAUUAAAUACAAUUACUGACAGUGUAUUUUUCAUGGGCUAAACUGAGCUAAUGUUUUCUAUUUCAUGCAUUAGAUAUUGGUUUUUAAAUUCUAUUUAAUGAUAUAUUAUACUCAUAUUUUUGCACAUAUAUUGUAAGUUUACACGUGUAUUGUCUGAUAUGUGGGUGUGUUUAUACAUCAUAACAUAUGUUAAUUCAUGGUAAUUAUAUUGUAAAUUGUAACGUUUGUUAUAUAUAUUAUUUUUGUUAUCGUUGCAUCAACGUACUCUUGUGCACUUGAUAUUUUUUGUUUAAUAAUUGGAACAGUAACAAAGCAAGGUAUAUGUUGGAAGUAGUAUUGGGCUGUUGACCACUGCGAUAUUUUACCUUCGAAAAGGGCUCUAUAGUGGAAAAAGCUGUGAAUAUAUUUUGUCAUUGGUCGAAAGCAGGACAGGGCAUGGGUAAUACAAAUGAUCUCAUCUAUAUGUACUUCAUUAUGGAAGUGUGUGUGAGUGUGCGUGUUGGUUGAUAGGUGUAAAUAUUACGACGACGAUGGUUGUCAAUAAAAUUGUGGCAUUAAA